AGAGUUCGUUCCUUAUAUUAUAUCAUACCUGAGGUCAUAUACCAGUUGUCAGGUAUAAUACGGCCGGUUUCUUUAAUGGCAUGACUGAAGAAGGCUACUUUCCCCUCUUUCUUUUUGUCAGCAGCAGUUAAAUGUAGCUCAUUUACCAAGAAAAUUCUAAAUUGGUGUGUGAGGGGACACAGCAUGACAGUUUGUGCCAGGAUGAGGAGAGAUCUUGGGCUGGCACUGCUCUCGCUGAUGUCUGUAGCUGUGGAGUGUAACGGCAUGUCUCCACCAGGGAAACCAGUCCUGCUCGGCUGCAGGUCCCCUGAGAAGGAGACAUUUACCUGCUGGUGGGAGCCGGGCUCUGACGGAGGACUGCUGACAACGCACCGCCUCUACUACGAGAAAGAAAAUGUGGAGGGAAUACAUGAGUGUCCUGACUACCGCUCAGCAGGGAGGAACUCCUGUUUCUUUGACAAGAGCCGCACCUCCAUCUGGGUCGAGUACAACCUGAUGGUGGUGGCCUCCAAUGCCCUUGGGAACGCCACUUCAGAACCCCUUAGCAUAGACGUGAUGGAAAUCGUGAAGCCCAACACACCUGAAAAUGUCACACUGCUGGUGGAGGAGAGAGAGAACAGUCCAUGUCUCAGUGUCAGGUGGGAACCUCCCCGUAACACGGACACAAAAUCCGGAUGGGUCACCAUUAAAUAUGAAUUAAGAGUCAAACAACAAAACAGCGACGAGUGGAAGGAGUACGCAUCAGGUACACAAGCCUACUUCAGCCUGUACAACGUUAAUCCUGGGGUAGUGUACAUGAUUCAGGUUCGCUGUAGACUAGACCAUGGCUCCUGGAGCGACUGGACCAACUCUACCCAUGCAAAAAUCCCCAACUAUCUUCAGAAUGAGAAACUGGUUUGGAUAUUGGUUUCCAUCCUCUCUGCAAUUUCAUUUAUAACUGCAAUGUGCAUCUUGGUCAUGAAGAGGAAACAUGUGCAGCAGUGUCUUCUGCCCCGUGUUCCUGUUCCAAAGAUAAGAGGAGUUGAUGUUCAGCUUCUCAAGAGUGGGCGAGCUGAAGAUGUCGUCAGCGCCUUGAUCUUCAACCAGAACUUUCCUUCGAUGGGGCCCUGUGUGGAACCGAUCGAGGAGUACCUAAUUGUGUCUGACAACUAUGAUGUACCGCCAAGUUCUCAAAAAAGGAAGAAAAGCUUGAUUAAUCGUGCUGGUAUUCACACAGACUUGGAAAUCCAGUCAACGUCAGGCCAGUGUAAUGGGGUAAUGGCUAAGGAGAGUAAUGAUGAAAGAGACAACUUUGAAAAAAGCAAUAAGUCUCUUUCAGAGGACACUAUAUCUAACAUGGAGCCAGACCAGCUCCCAACUCAGAAACCACAGUGUUCAAAUAUAAACCUUAUAAACACAGGAACAAUGCAUCCACCAAAUCACAACUCUGUGGCUGAGAGGAUUGUCUAUCCUCUCGCCAACAGCAGUUAUGUGGAUAUUCAGAGACACGAGAACAUACAGGAGGUAGAUAUGGACUAUAACAAAGUGAAAGAGGUGAAUGGUGACAAUAUUUUCAUAGCCGUAAAGGAAAACAUGGAGGCUGAAGAGAAGAACAUACCAAAGGACUACAGUAGGGUGACAGAGGUAGAGAGUGACAAUGCUGUCAUCCUGCACAUACAGAAUAUCUCAGCGGACUCUUCCGACUCGUGUUCUAAGGAGAAAAGAAACCACAACACAGACUGGACAGAUCAGAAGCCAAGAAAUCCUCAUGUAACUAGACCCAGUACAGGGGGAGUGUGCAUACAACUAACUGGUAGCGGAUAUGUAGAGACAAUCCCUGUACCACCUUUAAUGUAAACUCUGUUUCAUAUGCAGUGUCCCAAUAUAAAUGGCCAAUGAUUGUAGUGAUUCACUGUUUAAAGAAAAAGGCUGGAGACUUUCUAUAAUUUUGUUAUUAUCAUCAGAUGGAUUACCACGACAUUUGGCACAGACAUUGAAAGUCACAAAAGGAUGAAUCACACUGACUUUGGUGAUCUGCUGACCUUUCCUCUUGCACCACCUCAAAGUUGACAAUUGUGGUUUAGAGUGGAAUAUCUUGACAAAUGUUGGAUAGAUUGCUGUGGAAAUCUGAGGGUCUCUUGAGGAUAAAUGCUAAUGAUAUUGGUGACAGAGUAUCUGUUUCCUAGAAACAAGAUAGUAGAUAAAGAAUUGUAAAGUUUGCUCCUUGUACAUUUUAAGCACUUGGUCUGAUCUGACCUUGCAUGGUGCAGUUUAACC